UGUUUCUGUCUUGUUCUCUGCUUUCUAUUGGCUCCUAAAAGUCUCUCAUUCUCCGUCUCGCUCGCUCAGAUUCUCUCUCUCUCCUUUUAGUGAGUGCAUAAAUAGUGUGCAUCACCAAGUGUCAUCCGCUUAAAACUGGAGUUGAGCAGCCAGAGGGGAGGCCCUUGAACGCAUUACGGGGGGCGGGUUAUCAGCCAUCACAAUGAUGUCCUACUUGAAGCAGCCCCCUUAUACGGUCAACGGACUCAGUUUAUCCUCCCCUGGGGUGGACCUGCUGCACCCUACCGUGGGAUACCAAGGCACGCCUCGGAAACAGAGGCGGGAGAGGACCACCUUCACCAGGGCCCAGCUGGACGUGUUGGAAAACCUGUUCACCAAGACGCGCUACCCGGACAUCUUCAUGAGGGAGGAGGUGGCCCUCAAGAUCAACCUGCCUGAAUCCAGAGUGCAGGUCUGGUUCAAAAACCGAAGGGCCAAACACCGCCAGCAGGCCCAGCAGACCCAAAGCGGAGCACCCAGCAAAGCGUCCAGCACCAGGCCGGUGAAAAAGAAACCCUCUCCGGUCCGGGAGGCCAGCUCGGACAGCGGGGCGAGCGGCCAGUUCACGCCGCCCUCCAACGCCUCUCUGCCGCCCGUGAGCACCGCGGCGACGCCGGUGUCCAUCUGGAGCCCGGCUUCCAUUUCGCCCCUGUCCGACCCCAUGUCCGCUUCCUCGGCGUCCUCCUGCAUGCAGCGCUCCUACCCGGUGACGUACACCCAGGCCACGUCUGCCUACAACCAGGGCUACACGGGUUCGUCGUCCUACUUCUCCGGCAUGGACUGCGGCUCAUACCUCUCGCCGAUGCACCAUCACCAACUGAGCUCCGCUAUGAGCCCGAUGAGCAACGGAGGAGGCGGCGGCGGGGUGUCCAGCCACCUGAGCCCGGCGUCGUCGCUCUCCUCGUCGGCGUACGGCUACGGAGGCACGGCGGACUGCAUGGACUAUAAGGACCAGACAACUUCGUCCUCAUGGAAGCUCAAUUUCAACACCGAUUGUUUGGAUUAUAAAGAGCAGCAGGCGGCGUGGAAGUUCCAGGUUUUGUGAUCUGAUUUACAGGCCCUGGGGGAGCGGGCGCGAGCCGGCCCGGGGGGAGGGGGGGUGGGGGGACUCCUCUUCUACCUCUUUUCUCCCCCCUUUUUUUUCAUCUGAGCAUUCACACUCCAGACUUUGAUCGAGCAGAAGGAACAAUUAAAAAAUGACCAACAAGAACGGAACUUUUUGGUGGUGGUGGGGGCGGGGUUAAUAAACUUCUUAAGCAUCCCCAAUGUGAUCAAAGUUUUGGCGUGUGCAAGAUUUCUGACAUGGAUGCACUACUUAAUUUAUGACAAAUAUGUUUAAAAACGAAAAGACAAUCAAACGUUUCCCUCUAUUUUCUUUUUUAUCCAAUUCUGUUUUGUUCUAUGUUCUUCUAGAUUAAUUUCUUCUUUUUUGUUGCUAUUUUUUUUUUUUGCAAGCAGCGGUUUAGUGAUAAAUUAUUACAGUUAAAAUGGGGACUAUGCAGGUAACGCUGUAUUUAAAUAAAUAUGAGCCAAUUUGCAUGUGUA